CGGCUGUGGGGGCUGCUGGGCGAGCGCAGCGCCGACUAUGUCAGCCUCCGUCAGGAGAUCCAGGCGGCGGUGGGCCCGCGCUUGGCGGCCUCCCCAGCUGCUCCCGGUGGGAUGGUGACCGGUGGGGCUGAGCUGUGCACUGGAGACUUGGGCCUGGUGGAGGUGGUCGGGCUCUGGUACCGCUGCUGCGUGGUGAGUCGCCAUGGUAAAAACUACCGCGUGUUCCUGAUUGACGAGGGCUGCACAGUGGUUACAUCUGCCUAUUACCUGUCAAGGGGUUCCAAGGAAUUUUUCGACGUGCCUCCGGAGGUGCUGGGCUGUAUUGUGGCUGAUGUCAUGCCCUCUGGAGGUCCCAGGGUGGCAGCCUAUGACAAUGCACCAGUCCCUACCUGGACAGUGGAGGCUAUGGAGUUCCUUGUCUGCCUGCAGGGCAAGGAGGUGUCUGGCGUGGUGCAGGAGGUGAUGACACCACAGCUUAUGCUGCUUGAGUUGCCCCAGCUCGUGGCCCAGAUGCAUCACCUGGGACUGGCUAAGAAGGUCACUCCCAGUUGGUUCUGCCAGGUGCUCAGGCGCUGCCUAACUUAUGGCCACUUAAGGAGUCAGCCGAGACUGCAAACGUGUUCUCUUGUGACUUCUUCAGUGCCACAGUUUCUCCAUGCUCUGCUCUUCUAUCAGCCUGUGUUGCCAGCCUUGGAUUACUUCUACCCGCGGCUUCAGUUGGGCGCGACAGAGUGUGUCGUAGUGACCCAUGUCUCUGAUCCACACCACAUCUACUGCCAGUUGCAGAGCCUGUCCCAGGAGAUCCAUUGCCUUUCUGAUACUAUGCACCACAGUUAUGACUGGUGGGAGGAGGAUAUAUUACCCACAGUGGGCUCGCCCUGUGCUGCCCGUGGCAUAGAUGGCCGGUGGUGCCGUGCACUCCUGCUGGAGCUUACUGCUGGGGAGCAGGACCAGCAAGUGGCUCUAGUGAUCUUUGUGGACUAUGGCAGGAAGGAGCCCGUGACCAGAGCUAACCUGCGCCGUUUGCCUGUUGAGUGUUUUCGCCUGCCGGUGGUGACUUACGCGUGUGCUCUCCAGGGUGUCUCAGAUGGUGGUUGUGGCUGGUCACCGUUGCAGAUCGAUGAGCUAAAAGCAUUGGUGCUAGGCAAAGGAGUGAGUGCUUGCAUCAAAGCCUUUAACGCCUUUGAGCAUCAGUAUUAUGUGAGCCUCUAUGGGGAAAAUGGCAUCAACUUGAACCAUCUUUUUGGGUUGCGGGCUUGCUCCCUGGUGAGCCAAACUGCGGCUUGGGAGCUGGAGGAAGUAGAAGAAUCCACAGCUGAAAAAUUGGCAUUGCCAGCAGGAGCAUGUCCUGUUGCUUUAAUGCACAGAGAUCUGGCCUCUGCUCCUGUAGUUGAUGUGCGUCUGAAGUUGGGUGCGUUCCACAACGUGCAGGUCUCCCAUCUCCGAGAUCCGUCUGAGUUUUGGCUGCAGCUCUAUGAGCAUCGCCAGCUCUUCAGGCAGCUGAGGCAGAGCAUGUGGAAUUUUUACUCCCAUGUCACAAAUCUGGGUGGUGCUGGGUGGGACCCACAGCCUGGAUCACUUUGUUGUGUCAGUGAGAAAGAGGGUGCGUUUUGUCGAGCGGUGGUCACCAGCGUACUGGACAGUGGAGUAGAAGUACACCUGGUGGACAGAGGCAAUAUGGAAACUGUAGAUCGGCGUGCGGUAAAGGAGCUGCUCCCUCGGUUCGGGGAAGUACCUGCUUUAGCUCUGAAGUGUUGUUUAGCAGGUGUCUCUCCUCCCAGAGGGAGCUGGAGUGAAUCAUCUGUGUCUGCCUUCAGGGAGAUUGUACUCAACAAGUCACUUAAGGUUCAUUUUUUGAGUCUGCAGGGUGACAAAUACAUGGUUGAAAUUUUUGACCAGUCCCAAUCAGGAGAGAAGAAUGUAAGUAAACUCAUGGCCCAGGGAGGGUUUGCUGAAUACCAGAAGUAUGAAAUACCUAAGGCUGUCCAGAACCCAUGUGAUGAGGCUCUGAGCCAAGCCUCUUCCCCGGCACCUGCUGAGGAGGAAAGUGAGAUUAAGGCAGAGAACAGGCUCAAAGAGGAAUCUGACCUGAAGAGAAGUGAUGGAGGACUUAAUCCUUCUGCAGCUGUGGUGGUCAGAGAGUGCCCUGUUGCAGCCAUUCACAGUUCUGAAAGUAGCAAAUCUCUUCCUGCUCAGAAGUGUGAAGGCAAGGAAGACCUGCCUGUGUCUUUGGGACAGAAUUAUGUGGAAAUGGAGCCAAAAUCUCGUUAUAGAGGUCAGUUAGCAGUGGGAAAUACAGUCAAUGUAGUUGUCUCGUAUGUUGAAAAUCCUAGUAAUUUUUGGUGUCAGUUAAAUAGAAAUUGCCAUGACUUUAAGGUGUUAAUGGCUGAAAUUCAGGAGUAUUGCAAAAAUUCAUCCCACCCACCUGCUUGGCCAAAUUCUGUAUGUUUAGCCCAGUACUCAGAGGAUGAAAAAUGGUACAGGGCUUUAGUUAUUCGUGAAGUUCCUUCUGCAAAAAAAGUAGAAGUUGUCUAUGUUGACUAUGGCAACAGAGAGCUGGUGUCUCUAACAAACCUCCGCUCAACUAAUAAGCACUUUCUUAAGUUAGAGGCUCAGGCUUUCAGGUGCAGCCUUUACAACUUAAUUCAACCAAAUGGUCAAGAUCCUUUUGUUUGGGAUGAAGAAGCAGUUCAGGCCUUUGAGGAGUUUGUUAAUACUUCGUCACCUCACUUGGAACUGAAGUGCACAAUAUUUGCCUUGGCUUCAAUAAACAACAAGGAGCUGUUUAACAUUGUGGAUUUGAUGACACCUUUUCAGAGUGCUUGCCAGUUUCUGACUGAGAGAGGUGUGGCCAGGCCUUUAUCUUCACAAGAGCCUCUUGUAUCCGUGGUUCAGCUUUGUUCUUACUAUUAUUCUAUGCAUGGUAUCAAAAUUGGAAGCGAAGAAAAAGUUUAUAUUACGCAUGUCGAGGAUCCGUGGACAUUUUACUGCCAACUUGAAAGAUGUACAGAUGUCUUAGCAAAGCUUACUGAUAACAUCAGCCGCCUAAGUGAAACAAUGACCAGCUUUAAAACCUCGCCAGAGUCUGGCACCUUGUGUCUAGCAAAGUAUACUGACAAUCGUUGGUACAGGGGAGUAGUUACGAAAACAAAACCGAAUGUGGAAGUCUUCUUUGUGGAUUAUGGGAACACAGAGACAACAGAGAAAGAUAAUCUGCUUCCUUUACCAAGUGAUGCUUAUGAUAUUUUGCUUUUGCCAAUGCAAGCCAUAAAAUGUUCCUUAUCUGAUAUAACUUGUGGUCCCAAAGAAGCUACAGCAUGGUUUAAGCAAGCUGUCCUUGAAAGGCAAUUAAAAGCUACAGUAGUAGGAAAGGAAUCAGAUGGUAAACUGAUGAUUGAGUUGUUUGAUGGUAAUACUCAAAUUAAUGCAAAACUGAAGGAAGAGAUGUGCUUAAUAAGUGGUACGGGACUGUCCGUGCCUGGAGAAAAUGAAGCUUUGUGCUCUGGAAAUACAGAUGUGAAUGAGAGGCGUGAGACUGCAGAGACCUGUUCAAAUGCAGGUAAGCCUCUUGAAAGAAAAAAAUGCAGAUCUGAAGCCCAGGGAGGAAUGAGGAGUAGCAAAAGGUGCUUCAAAGAAGAUGUAAAGCUUUUCCAGACUUCUGUAACGGGAGAUCAGGCAGCUAGAUUAGAAUCUGACAAAACGCCUAGGAGUAAGAAGGAUUCUUUUCUGUUAAAUAAAGCUGAGAAGUCUCUGCUCUCCGUGCAGAUGGAUGCGCAGAUGGAUGCACAGACGGAUGCGCAGACGGAUAUUAAAUCUGCUGCCCAGGGCAAGUGUAUAAUGGUUAAAAAUGUAUCUGAUCCACUGCAACAGAAGAUAGUGCCAGCACUUAAAGUGUCAGUGUAUGUGUCUUAUGUAAAUAAUCCACUGGAUUUUUAUGUUCAGCUAGAAAGUGACGAGGCUCAGCUUAACAGCAUUUCAGAAAGCUUAAACAAUGGGACACAAGCAACGAGCCCUUGUGGACAGCUUUUCCAAGUGGGAGACUUAAUCAGUGCUGUUUAUUCAGAAGACAGCCUGCGGUAUCGAGCCUUAGUAAGGGAGAAGACUUCUGAUAAUUUGAUAAGUAUACAAUACAUUGAUUAUGGUAAUAGUUCAGUAAUUAAUGUUGAUCAGGCACACAGACUCCCUGAAGACUUGUCAUCUAUUCCAGGAAUGAGCAUUCACUGCUUCCUAGGUGGACUUAAAUGCAAAAAAAAUACAGGCUGGACAGAGAAAGCAGUGCUUGACUUCAUCAAGAGAACAAGUGAAGUUCUAUUAACGUGUGAAUUUGUAGAGAAGAUUGACAAUAAAUGGGAAGUUAUUCUCAGUGACCAUAAAGGUAUAAUAACAGUGGAUUUAGCUGAUGAAAAUCUUGCAAAUAAGGAAAGAUCUUGUUCAACAGAAAUACUUGAUGAAAGAGAGAACGGAGACGUGGUUACUGUGUGUGAACCUUUGCCUCCUCAGGCACAAAAUGAAAUUUCCGGUGUAAGUGAUUGUAAGUCAUUUACCUGGAAGUUUCCAGAGCCAGGUCAGACUGUAAAAAUUUAUGUCACGGUGGUAAAUGGUCCGGAAUACUUUUGGAGUUGCAGUGCUGAUACAGUAGACAUCAACUACAUAGAGAAAAAAAUAGAGGAAGCUGAAAACCUUGGACUAAACUCUUUGAAUGAUUUGGAAUCUUGUAUUAAAAGUGGUGAUAUUUUUCUAGCAAAAUACAGUCAAGAUGGGAAGUUCUACAGAGCUAAAGUCAUCAGCCUAAAAGGUGAUGAUGUAGUUGUUCAACACAUGGAUUAUGGAAGUGAGGAAGCUGUUAGCAUGGCAAUGGUCAAACAGAUUCCAUGUGAGUUGCUCCAGGUACCUAAUCAAGCAUUUGCUUGCUCUCUGUCAGGUUUUGAUCCCUCAGAGGGCUCAUGGCUUAGUGAAGCAAAAGAGAAGUUUUGCGAUAUCACCAAAGACAUCUUGUUAGAAGCUGAAGUAACAGAAACUCGGCAAGAGAAAGUUUCAGAAGUCCCUCUGUCUGUUGUCAAGCUGGAAGCUUCUGGCAAGAGUAUUAACGAAGUGAUGAAGCCUUUCUGGAAGGCUAAUAAAGGAGCUGGUGACAAUGCUUUCUCAAACCUUGAGGACCCCUUAAAGGAAAAGAAAUGCUCCAACAGUGAUACAGACCUUGGUCUUAAAAGAGAAACUACUGCUGCUUGUGGGUUAGCUGAAGAAGAAACUGAAAGUGCUUUGUUUUGUUCUGAGCCUUUCCUAGAAGUAACUUCUGAGUGUUUAAAUACUGUAGAAGCAAAUGUGUCGGUGGGAGCUGUUGAGUAUGUGUCUGGGAAGGCUGACGAUGGGUGUGAAACAGCUGAGCAUCAAAGCAACUUUGAUAAAGAGACACCUUUAUCUGAAGGAGAGCACGACAGCCGUGUAUUACUAGAAACAACAAGAAGCUGCAGUCUUCAUGUUUUGGAGAGUACAAUGAAAGCUGCAGAACAAGAAUUAUCUGAAGUACUGCUUGAAGAGGAUGCUGAGCUGAAAGAAGAACUGACAGGCCAUGCUUCAGCAGCCAAUUUUUUCCCAGGAAAUGAACAAGUACCAAGAUGGCCAAAGCUCCAGGCACAGUUGCCUUCAAGUGAUGAAAUGACAUCGUUAGUAGAACUGGAUCAAUUACAAAUGCCCUCUUUUUUUGAUCAUCUAAAAGAGGUCAUACUGGAGCUAGAGGUGCUUCCAGUGCAGUCCUCCUGUGAAGAAGCAAAGGAAGCUCUGGAAGCAAAGUCACUUGAAACGCAGACAGCUUCAGGCAGCGAAGCAAGAGAGAAAGUGUUGGAAUGGGAACUGUUUGAGCUGCCAGUUGAGAAUGAGGAGAUGGGGCAGAUGGCAACUCUGAAAUGUCUUGAAAUCUUACCAUCGCUUAAUGAGAGAGAGUCCUUGGUGCCUUCAGUCAGUGAUGGAGAGAAGACAGUAGAGCCUAUUCUGUCUGAUGUUCAGCUUGCUUUGGAAGACAAUGCAAAGAAAUUGGAAUUGGAUUUGUCUGGAAUUCGUAAAGCAGGAGCUAUACAAGAGUGGACAGGCGUAGAGCCUCCUCGCCUAAGCCUGUCUUCGUCUGGUGACGGACCUGAUACACAACUGGACCUGAAGACCCAUGACGUGCUGUCAAUGCUAGGUGCUGAAAUUGAGCAGCUUCUGGACCUUGUGAUACCUGAUGUGCAGCCAUCUCAGGAAGACAGGGAGGAAGACUUGUUAGGGUUGGAAGACACUGCACUGCAAAGCUCUGCAAAUAGUGGAAGCCAGUUUCCAUUUGUUACAAAAGACUUAACGAAUCGGAGGCCUGUUUGCACUGCAAAAUCACGUGACCGCAAAGUUGAGAAACAUAAGGAGUGGCAGAAGAAGAGAGAUGACUGUUAUGUGGAAGAAUGGAUGAAACAAGACUUGACUGACUCAUUAAAAGAAUGUGGAAAUAAGCAUGUGUGGUCUUCAGACUGUAAGCCUGGGGAUGAAGAAGUAGAAAAAAAGCAAAAUGAGAACUUGGCUGGCUGCAGUGCAGAACACCAUGAGUAUACAUGUAAUCUGAAGGGCUUUGCCAUUGGUUCCAAAUGUGUGGUGUGGACCUCUCUGAAAUGGUGCGAGGCUCGUAUUUUGGAGAUAUCUGAAAAAGGUACCAGGGUCUUGAAUCUCUCCAGUGGCAGUGAGGAGAUUGUGGAUCCUGAGAACGUUUGGAAUGGCAUUCAUUGCAGGUCACCUGAGGCAAUAACUCCUGCAACAGAAAACUUGCAGUCCUUACCAGAGGAGUCCUUACUUCAAGGUAAGACUACCUUAAACUUCCCAAAGAGGUUGGAGUUUUGA